AUGUCAAGCAAUGUUUCACAGUGCUAUCUUGGUGAAGAAAUGGAACCUUUUACCUAUUUUUACUAUUUGGUUUUUCUUAUGGGAUUUAUUGGAAGCUGUUUCGCACUAUGGGCAUUCACUCAAAAGGGUCAGAAAAAGAAAUGUAUGAGCAUCUACCUAAUUAACCUCUUAACGGCAGAUUUUUUGUUGACUUUGGCAUUGCCAGUAAAGAUUAUUGUUGACUUAGGAGUUGCGUCCUGGAAAUUCAGAAUAUUCCACUGUCAAGUUACAGCCUGUUUCAUCUACAUGAAUAUGUAUUUAUCCAUUAUAUUUUUGGGAUUUGUAAGCAUGGAUCGCUGCCUUCAGCUAAUGCACAGCUAUAAGGUCUACCGCAUUCAGGAGCCUGGAUUUGCCAAGAUGCUGUCUGCAGUCGUGUGGACGAUGGUUCUGCUCAUAACAGUGCCUAACAUGGCCAUUCCAAUAAAAACGAUUGAAGAAAGACCUGGGGCAGGAUGCAUCGAUUUCAAAACAAAAUUUGGCAGAGACUGGCACGUGUUCACCAAUUUCAUAUGCACAGCAAUAUUCCUGAAUUUUUCAGCUGUGAUACUGAUCUCCAAUUUCCUUGUUGUUAGACAACUCUACCGGAACAAGUACGGCGAGCGUUACGCCAGCGUGAAGAAAGCCCUCGUCAGCAUCCUGCUGGUCACCGCAGGCUACCUGCUCUGCUUCGUUCCCUACCACAUCGUUCGGAUCCCCUACACCCUGAGCCAGAGUGACACCAUAACCAGCUGCUCUCUGAAACAAGCUCUCUUCAAAGCGAAAGAAUCUACCUUGCUGUUUGCUGUGUCAAACCUCUGUUUUGACCCUAUUCUGUAUUACCACCUUUCCAAAUCAUUCCGAUUGAAAUUUACCGAGACUUUUGCAGCACCCAAAGAGACAAAGAUUUUCACAGACGCAGCCGUAGAAUGCAGAAGUGAAGAGCAGAUGUAA